GUGACAACACAGGAGUGGGUUUACCAGGUGGCCAGAGCCUUCCCGCACAGCCACACCAUUCCACCUUGGCAAAGGUACACUCUGUCACCCGCACACGAUAUUUGAUUGCUUCCUGGAUCCACAGGCUUGAAUGUGUGCUGGCACUUCCUCAGUCCUCCAUGAAAUGUUAAAGAGUAACAGAUGUAACCCUGCAAAACGUCAACCAAUUCAGCGAGUUCACUGUGAACAUGUCUCAGUGGAAUCAAGUCCAACAAUUAGAAAUCAAAUUUUUGGAGCAAGUAGAUCAAUUCUACGAUGACAAUUUUCCUAUGGAAAUUCGACAUCUGUUGGCUCAGUGGAUUGAAAAUCAAGACUGGGAGGCGGCUUCCAACAAUGAAACCAUGGCAACAAUUCUUCUUCAAAACUUGUUAAUACAACUGGAUGAACAGUUAGGUCGCGUUUCCAAAGAGAAAAAUCUGCUCUUGAUACACAAUCUAAAAAGAAUUAGGAAAGUCCUCCAGGGCAAAUUUCAUGGAAAUCCAAUGCAUGUAGCUGUGGUCAUUUCAAACUGCUUAAGGGAAGAGAGGAGGAUAUUGGCUGCAGCCAACAUGCCCGUUCAGGGACCUUUGGAGAAAUCCUUACAAAGUUCUUCAGUUUCAGAAAGGCAGAGGAAUGUGGAGCACAAAGUGACUGCCAUUAGAAAUAGUGUGCAGAUGACAGAACAAGACACCAAAUAUUUAGAAGACCUGCAAGAUGAAUUUGACUACAGGUAUAAAACAAUUCAGACAAUGGAUCAGGGGGACAAGAACAAUGCCUUAAUGAAUCAGGAAGUUUUGACUCUGCAAGAAAUGCUUAACAGUCUCGACUUCAAGAGAAAGGAAGCCCUCAGUAAAAUGACACAAAUAGUCAAUGAAACGGACUUGUUAAUGAACAGCAUGCUGAUGGAAGAGCUGCAGGACUGGAAGAGGCGCCAGCAGAUCGCCUGCAUUGGAGGACCGCUCCACAAUGGGCUCGACCAGCUUCAAAACUGCUUUACACUGUUGGCAGAAAGUCUGUUCCAACUCAGAAGGCAAUUGGAGAAAUUAGAGGAGCAGUCGACUAAAAUGACAUAUGAAGGGGAUCCCAUCCCCAUGCAAAGAGCCCAUCUGCUAGAAAGAGUCACCUUCUUGAUCUACAACCUUUUUAAGAACUCAUUUGUGGUUGAACGACAGCCAUGCAUGCCAACCCACCCUCAGAGACCGAUGGUACUUAAAACUCUCAUUCAGUUCACUGUAAAGCUAAGACUACUAAUAAAAUUGCCAGAACUGAACUAUCAGGUAAAGGUGAAAGCAUCUAUUGACAAGAAUGUUUCAACUCUAAGCAAUCGAAGAUUUGUUCUUUGUGGGACUCAUGUCAAAGCCAUGUCCAUUGAAGAAUCUUCUAACGGGAGUCUCUCAGUAGAAUUUCGACAUUUGCAACCAAAGGAAAUGAAGUCCAGUGCUGGAAGCAAAGGAAAUGAGGGCUGUCACAUGGUGACUGAAGAGCUUCAUUCUAUAACCUUUGAAACACAGAUCUGCCUCUAUGGCCUGACCAUAGAUUUAGAGACCAGCUCAUUACCUGUGGUGAUGAUUUCCAAUGUCAGUCAGUUACCUAAUGCUUGGGCAUCCAUCAUUUGGUACAAUGUGUCAACCAAUGAUUCCCAGAACUUGGUUUUUUUUAAUAAUCCUCCAUCUGCCACUUUGAGUCAACUCCUGGAAGUGAUGAGCUGGCAGUUUUCAUCAUACGUAGGUCGUGGCCUUAACUCAGAUCAACUCAAUAUGUUGGCAGAGAAGCUUACAGUCCAGUCUAGCUACAAUGAUGGUCAUCUCACCUGGGCCAAGUUCUGCAAGGAACACUUACCUGGUAAAUCAUUUACCUUCUGGACAUGGCUUGAAGCAAUAUUAGAUCUAAUUAAGAAACACAUUCUUCCUCUUUGGAUCGAUGGGUAUGUCAUGGGCUUUGUUAGCAAAGAGAAGGAACGACUCUUGCUAAAGGAUAAAAUGCCUGGAACCUUUUUGUUAAGAUUCAGUGAAAGCCACCUUGGAGGAAUAACUUUCACCUGGGUAGACCAUUCUGAAAAUGGAGAAGUGAGAUUCCACUCUGUAGAACCCUACAAUAAAGGCCGGUUGUCUGCUCUGCCAUUUGCUGACAUCCUUCGAGACUACAAGGUUAUUAUGGCUGAAAACAUUCCUGAAAACCCUCUGAAGUUCCUUUAUCCUGACAUUCCCAAAGACAAAGCCUUCGGUAAACACUACAGCUCCCAGCCGUGCGAAGUCUCAAGACCAACAGAAAGGGGGGACAAAGGUUAUGUUCCAUCUGUGUUUAUCCCCAUUUCAACAAUCCGAAGUGAUUCAACUGAGCCACAUUCUCCAACAGAUCUUCUUCCCAUGUCUCCAAGUGUAUAUGCAGUGCUGAGAGAAAACCUGAGUCCCACAACAAUUGAAACUGCAAUGAAGUCUCCAUAUUCUGCUGAAUGACAGGAUAAACCCUUGACACUCAAAAGAAGGAAGCAAAUGAAAAAGCUUAAAGACUGAUCUUUGCCAACAAUCAUAUCUUAUUUCUUCAGCUUUGUAUAGACCAAUUUCCAGGAAAUGGUUGAAGUCUGAAGCUCUCCUUUCACUGGCAUGACACCACCAAUUGGGAAUGUUUUGAUUGGAAUGCUAAAAACCAAAGCUUCAGAUAAACUUGCAAGAUAAGACACUUGAAGAAACCACUGUUAAUAUAACAUUAACAAAAGACUCGUUUGUA